AUGAGACCCAACUCCUCUAAACCAACUCCAAAGAAGAGCAAGAAGAACGUGUUUAUUGUGGUGAUAUCUGUUAGUGCAACAAUAGUCUUGCUCUUUGCCUUUGCAUUUGUCCUGAUAAUGAAGACAAUGAAAAUAAAUGGAGAAGAGAAAUUGUGUAACAAAGAAAGGGAUGACACACCAAAACCAGAUGCCACCAGAGCAUUUACACAUGCAGAAAUUGUAAAAAUCACCAAUGACUUUGAAAAGGCCAUUGGCAAAGGAGGCUAUGGGCCUGUUUUCUAUGGAUGCCUAGAAAAUGGCCAUGAAGUUGCUGUGAAGUUACUGUCCCAGGAAUCACAGCAAGAAUAUAGGGAAUUCCUUGCAGAGGUUAAACUGUUGAUGAGAAUUCAUCACAAGUACUUGGUCUCAUUGAUAGGAUUCUGUGACGAAGGCCCAGAAAAGAUUCUGCUAUAUGAGUACAUGUCAAAAGGAAAUUUGAAAGAGAUUUUGUCAGAUAAAAACAGAAAUUCAGUAUCCUUAAAUUGGGAGCAGCGUCUUCGAGUAGCUCUGAGUGUUGCACAAGGAUUGGAGUAUCUUCAUUGUGGAUGCGAACCACCAAUCAUUCAUAGAGAUGUCAAGACCGUCAACAUCCUCUUAAAUGAAAAACUGAAAGCCAAAGUAGCAGAUUUUGGGCUGUCAAGAUUAGGGCCAACUGAGGAUGACACUCACAUAUGGACUAUUGCCGCGGGCACCCCUGGAUAUGUGGAUUCUGAGUACAACAUCACGAACAAGCUCACUGACAAGAGCGACGUCUAUAGCUUUGGGAUAGUUCUUUUGGAGCUUAUAUCAGGCCAGCCUGCAAUAAUUUUGGAUGAAGAAAAACUACAUAUAGUACACUGGGUAACUCCCAAGAUUAAAACAGGUGACAUUGUUAGUGUGGUUGAUCCGAGGUUGCAGGGGGAAUAUGAGAUUAAUUCAAUGUGAAAAGCCGUUAAGAUAGCAUUGGCAUGUACACCAGAGACAGCCGUUAGGCGGCCAAUGAUAAGUGAUGUUAUCGGUGAACUGAGAGGAUGUGUAGAGCUUGAGUCAUCGUGUCGCAGGAGAACUUCAAGAAUAGAAUACCACACAUCAAGCCCCAGAACUACUUCAAUGAAUAUGGAGAAGGAACCAGGAUUUGAUCCUUCACCAAGGUAGUCAGCUUCAACAGUUUUCGCAUGCAUGUCGGAAGCCAUUAUAGGACAGUCAAGAUUUGCCAAGGUUCUCAAAUCAAUUAGAUACUUGAGCAAGCCUUUUAUUUCAUUCUUAAAUUUUAUGUACUUCUGCUCACUCAACAUUGAAUGUGGCCCGUGAUUCUCUU